AUGAAAAAAGAUGCAAAUGUUGCCUCUGGUGGAACCGAGCCCGGUCCGACUAACGACGGCACCAUCGGCGGCAAAGAAGAUCCGGGGCGAGGGAGCGUGAGUCUUGCAGUCCCGUUGGCGGAGAGAGAGGGCUCGGCGACAGGGGGAAACCACGGCGACGCUCCCCGCGCCAAGCAUGCCGCAACCCAGGAGUCCGAGGCGGAGGCAUCCCAACACGGACUGACGCUGCUCCAGCCGACCAUGGUCGAAAUUUCUGCUGCCGUGGUGGAUAAGGCCAAGGCGGGGGAGCACGAUUCGAUGGAGGAUUUCCAACACAGCAUCGCGGACGUAGGUGGCUCUCCUCCUUCUGGUGGACGUGGGAGGCGUAGGCAGAGGAAGAGCGAUGGGGAGGAAGAGUAUGACACCGCCGUGCCCGGGGACAUCAAUACGCGGUCGAAGAGGCGGCAGAAAACAGGCGGUGCUGACGACACCGGUGGUGCGGAAGUUGGGACAAUGCGAGGCGCCAGGGAAGCAAGUGGCAAGGCGACGGGUCAUGCAUUGUGCAAGAAGGGCCGACCCGCAGCGAGGAGAACAUCCGGCGGAAGGAGGGGCAAGAAAGCAGCGAGGGGGAAGAGGCCGAAACGGGGCGAAGAAGACCCUGAUGAUGCGGAGGAGGAGGAUGAGGGGGAUGCGGGGGAUGAGGAGGAGGAGGCUAAUGAGGAGGAGGAUGCGGAGGAAGAGGAGGAUGAAGAGGAUGCGGAGGAGGACGCGGAGGUUGGGGAGGAAGAAAAAUAUGAGAAUGAUGACGAGGAGGACAAAGAGGAUGAGGAGGAGGAGGACGAGGAGGGGGGCGACGAGGAUGAGGAGGAGGAGGAGGAGGAGGAGGAGGAGGAGGAGGAGGAGGAGGAGGAGGAGGAGGAGGAGGAGGAGGAGGAGGAGGAGGAGGAGGAGAGGGACGAGGAGGAGGAGGAGGAGGAGGAGGAGGAGGAGGAGGAGGAGGAGGAGGAUGAGGAAGAGGAGGAGGAGGAGGAUGUGGCGGCAGCAUUGGGCCACCGGUAA